AGCUAUUUCUUACAUUGGCCUCAAACUUCCUGACUUGAGGGACUAGACUGCAAUUAUAGGAAGAAAAGAAAAGAAAAAGCUGAAUACUACAGAGUUUCUCAUAUCAUCGUCCUCCAUCACCAGGGAGCGCUACUAGAUCUCACACGACAAAACGCGAAGCCAGGGUCUCAAUUGGGAGAGAUAGGUGAUGAUGGAUGGUGGAGUGCCGAAUAUAAAGAAAUGGGUGGUGUUAUAUCCUGUCUACAUUAACUCAAAGAAAACAAUAGCUGAAGGGAGGCGGAUUAGUGCAGAAAAGGCGUGUGAGAACCCUACUUGUGUUGAGAUUGGUGAUUGUUGUGGCCAUCUCAAACUUCCAUUUGCAAUUGAGAUUGAUAAGGCGUAUCCACGAGAUUUCAUGCAAGUAGGGAGAGUGAGAGUAUUGCUGAAAAGAGAAGAUGGGAGUUUAUGUAAUCCAGCAAUUCCUUCCCGAAAACAGCUUAUGUUCCAUGUUGCAGAACUGGUACCUAGACAUCCUGGGAGGACCAAAAAGCAGGAGCCUGCAUCCACGGCAAAUGUUUCGACAUCCAAGUCUGGGAAGGGUGGGAGAAAGAAAAGAUAGCCUUCUUCAUGAGAAAAAAGAUGAGGAACAUCGUUCAUUGCAAUCGGUGAACCUGGAAUACAGAGCAUGGAACCUUCACAUAACUCAUGUUGAUCUGUGAUUGUACACAGUUUUGAAAACCCCAUUUAAGGAUCAGAGAAACUAAUCUGGUGUGACUGAGCUCUUGGAUGUGAUGAUACUCGGAUAUCACUGAAAUGUCUUGUUGCCCCACUUGGCUAAUGAGAACUUUGUUUUUUUGGUA